GUUUGUGUUGGGGGGUGUUGACUUUCACAUGACAUUGACGCUCUGGAGAUGUUGAGGAGCCGCUAAUCUCAGACUCAGUCUGCGCUCGGAGGAUUCAGCACCACUCGCUCGUGGACAGCUCCACCAGACGCUUUACAUGGACACUGAUCACAUUGGACAUACUCGUCACUAUACUGGACAUACUGGACUUAUUUUUCAUAUUGGAAGUUUACUUCUCGGAGGGAAAUUUGCGGAUACCUCACUGUACUACGCACGGACUCGUUCCCUUUGGCAGAACAUUUACAUUCACCGGUAACUGAAUCGGUCUUGGGUUCGAGCGGGUGUCUGCACGGACUGGUGCUGAAAUCAGAAACAUGGCUACAAACAACAGCAAAACCGCUGACGGCCAAGUUGUUACGGAACUCAACGAGAUCACAACUAACGACAAACCCAAAGCAGAGGACGCCAAACCAGAGAAGAAGAAAGACAUUCCGGAGAGAGAAAACUGGGCUGGGAAAUUUGAUUUUCUGCUCUCAUGUGUGGGCUACGCCAUCGGACUGGGUAACGUCUGGAGAUUUCCGUAUCUCUGCGGGAAAAACGGCGGCGGUGCUUUCUUAAUCCCAUAUUUUUUGACGCUCAUUUUUGCGGGAGUUCCGCUGUUUUUUCUUGAAUGCGCUCUUGGACAGUACACAUCCAUUGGCGGCCUUGGGGUUUGGAAACUGGCUCCAAUGUUUAAAGGUGUCGGGCUUGCAGCUGCUGUUCUGUCGUUCUGGCUGAAUAUUUACUACAUCGUCAUUAUUGCCUGGGCCCUGUACUACCUAUACAACUCUUUUACCACCGACCUUCCAUGGAAAACUUGUAACAAUCCAUGGAACACAGAAAGAUGUUACACCAACUACAGCAUUGUAGACACUACUAAUCUCACCAGUGCUGUCAUGGAGUUUUGGGAACGCAACGUGCAUCAAAUGACCGACGGCUUAGAAAAACCCGGCCAGAUUCGUGCGCCGCUCGCUAUAACGCUUGCCAUCGCAUGGGUCCUGGUCUACUUUUGUAUCUGGAAAGGAGUGAGAUGGACUGGAAAGGUGGUGUACUUCUCCGCCACCUACCCAUACUUCAUGCUGUUCAUUCUGUUCAUCCGUGGCGUGACCCUGCCCGGGGCUCGGGAGGGAAUCCUAUUCUAUGUCACUCCGGAUUUUGAGAAGCUGAAAGAGUCUGAGGUUUGGCUGGAUGCUGCAACACAGAUUUUCUUCUCGUACGGUUUGGGUCUGGGCUCCCUCAUCGCUCUCGGCAGCUACAACCCUUUCCAUAACAACGUGUACAGGGACUCUAUCAUCGUCUGCUGCAUUAAUUCCUUCACUAGCAUGUUUGCUGGAUUUGUGAUUUUCUCUAUCGUUGGUUUCAUGGCACACGUGACAAAGAGAUCUAUAGCAGAUGUAGCUGCGUCAGGUCCUGGUUUGGCAUUCUUAGCCUAUCCAGAAGCUGUGACACAGUUACCCAUCUCACCGCUGUGGGCUAUUCUUUUCUUCUCCAUGCUUCUCAUGUUGGGAAUCGACAGUCAGUUCUGCACGGUGGAGGGCUUCAUUACGGCACUGGUGGAUGAGUUCCCACGUGUGCUCAGAAAGAGGAGAGAGAUCUUUAUCGCGUGUGUGUGCGUUGUGUCCUACGCCAUCGGGCUGUCAAAUAUCACCCAGGGCGGUCUCUAUGUGUUCAAGCUCUUCGAUUAUUACUCGGCCAGUGGUAUGUGUCUGCUCUUCCUGGUCUUCUUUGAGUGCAUCUCAAUCUCUUGGUGUUACGGUGUGAAUAAGUUCUAUGAUAACAUUCAGGAGAUGAUAGGAUACAAGCCGUGCCUUUGGUGGAAACUCUGCUGGGUUUUCUUUACCCCUCUGGUCGUUGCUGGUGUUUUCCUCUUCAGUGCCGUACAAAUGGUUCCUCUUACCAUGAACAACUACGUGUUCCCUAAAUGGGGUCAGGGAGUCGGUUGGCUCAUGGCUCUGUCCUCUAUGGUUCUUAUACCCGGCUAUAUGGGCUACAUGUUCCUCAACAUGAAGGGCACAUAUAAGGAGCGCAUCAGGAUAAUGCUGCAUCCUGCAGCGGUUCAGCGAACGCAGGAGAAUGGACCGGAUCAACAGCAGCUGCAGGCACAGCAACCUGAAGAGUCAAUGCAGGAACCGCAUUCACCACAGCAACCGAAAUCACCGCAACAACCGCAAUCACCACAGCAACCGCAAUCACCGCAGCAACCCCAAUCACCACAGUCCCCGCAGCAACCUCAGUCAAUGCAGCAAGUGGACCAGACGCAACCAAAAUCUCCCCAGCAACCAGAACAACCACAGCAGCAAUCUCAGUCGCAGGUGUCAGCUGAAAAUGUUUCUUCAGCUAAACCUGCCAAUGAUGCCAAUGUCUAAAAGCAGCCCAGCAGAGAGCAAUCAAAGCUUACCAACACAGAGGACUUCCAUGUUUAUACAGUAAUAGAAUCAUCUACCUCCAGGGGUCAUACAGUACAUAAUCAAACUAAACAUACAAAAAACCUAAAGAUAAAAGCACACAGAAACUUGCAUUUGUGAAACAUACCUGCACUGUAUGUUUUCCAAAUGCAAAGAGUGUGAGUGUUAAAAAAAUGACUUGCAUACUAUGUAUUACGUGUCUAUACUAAGGUUAUACUGUGAGUUAGAUUUAAGGACUGCUUUGCAAUGCAUAAGCUAUAUCUGUGAGGUAUACACUGUUUCUAUGUUGCACUGGGGACUAAAGCACAGAGGAGAUUCGCAAAUGUCGUAAGAUUAUGUACCAUUAUGGAUCAACCAAGGUGUAUCGAGAAAGUCCUGUGCGCGAAGCACAAAACGCUUCGAAACAGCAUAACCCUUGGGUGACUCGUUACGUGUUGUGUAUCGUGUUUUUGUCGAGAGAGACUGUUACGAUUUAUUUUUAUCUCCAGAGAGGAUAAAAGAGAAAUCGCCGAAAUAUGUGACUGAAACCUUUGUAGAAUAUUUUUAGAAUGCUUUGUAAUUUAUUGUUGUGACCAAGGACCAAAAUCAUAGACCGAAGCAAAAAGUAAUCUAUGCCUGGCAGUGUGUAGUCUGUAAAGCACAGGUUACAACGCAGGGUGAACAUUUCUACUGUCGUCAACACACUAUAUAGUGUCCUGUUUACACGUCCCCUCAGGAAUAUCAAGAAAAAUUCAAUCUGAGAUAUGUCUCUGACCCAUGAGUACAUAUCAAGGCUUUGAGCCUGUCAGAAACUGAUCGUGGAAGUUUGCAUGACCAUCAGUUAAAACGUGUGCAAAAAUGUCGAAUUAGUGACCUCCUCAAAAAAAAAGUUUACAAAAGUAGAUUGUGCCAUACAUACAAAAAGUUAGUAGCAUAUACUAAAAUAUUUCUGGUCUUAUGGCCGACCCACAAGCACAAGACUAAAUAAGAGUAUAUAUGACUCCUGUGAUAGAGCAAUGAUGUUGAUGAGAGUUUUAAUCAAAGGCAGCUACGUGUGAAAAGAAUUUGGUCGUCUUAAACGUGUUUACUAAAAGGAGAUCGGUACCUACGUAAAUGUGAAAUGGCUUUGUCCUGUGAAUUUUGUACAAAUACUGCAGUUUUAUCUGGAGUUUUAUUGUAACACUGUAUGGUGUAUAACAUGUAACCGUGAAUGUCUGUAAUCCAUCAUUAAGUUCUUGUCUAAAUGUUAAAAUUGCUGUUUUGCAAUAAUAUUUUAAUCUCGGAAUCACAUCUUAUGUGAUGAGAAAUAUGUCAUGAGUAUUAAAAGGGUUUUAAAAGAAAUAGAAUUUAUGUCUCGUAAGAAAUGAUAUUGUUUUGUAUGUUUUUAACUGUUACACUGCCUAAAACAAAUGAUACAUAGGACGUGUAUUUAAAUGGUGUCAUAUGAAAAGCACGAUUGUUAUGUAAAUUGUACGAAUAAACAUGGAAAUAUUUGUAGUCUAUAAUGUGUGCGUUAAAUUCCAGUUUUUAGUAUAGAAGGUCGUUCUUCGGGAUUUUUCCAAUGUUCUUCAUGUUUUAAAGAGUACACUGUUAAAUGUCGUAGAUGUUCAAGAAUUCAACAUCUAAUGAGCAGACUGACAUAAUGAACAUCUUUACAAUACACACAUCCUGCUGAACAAACAUUGUAAAGCAAUAUGACUUUCAGUUUCUGUUGUAUUAUUAAGUUAUGAAAGAGAAAGAAUGCAUAAAAGUUAUAAAAAAGCUCAUCGGAAACAUUUGUAGUAUAGAAAAUAAAGUAGUAACUAGACAAUCGGUAAAUAUAAGUACUGUGUAGCACUGUUUACAAAUUUUCAACAAAUGCAUUGAUGUCAGUUUAAAAAAGUAUUCAGCUUACUUGGAAAUGAAGAGUUUUUGUUUGUUAUUAAUUUGAAUGUGUAAUUCACCAAACAAAUGAGUGAGAGUCAAUGAAUUAAAACGUGAAAAUAAAAUGCGAAAAUAUU